AGUAGCCAGUAGCGGCCAGCUGCCACAAGACAUGGAACCCAGUGGGAAUUCAUCUCCAAGAAAAGUCAUGGUGGUUGCAGACCCCACCAGAGAGUCAGCUGGUGCUCUUCAAUAUGCACUUUCCCAUGUUUUCGUUGAAAAAGAUGAACUUAUUUUGAUCCAUGUUGAGAAUAAUUCUGCUUGGAAAAAUCCAUUUGCCACUCUUCUCAAAAGGCCAGCCUCUUCUUCUGGCAAUCAACCGCAUUCUGCCUUGUCUUCUUCUAGCAAUCAAUCGCCAUCUGCCUGGCCCUCUUCUAGCAAUCAAACGCCUUCUGCCUUGUCCUCCUCCUCCUCUGACGGAGGAGCACCGGGGGCUGGAGAGGUGGAUUUUCUUGAUGAAAUGAAGCAUGCAUGCGAGGUUGGUCAACCCAAUUUGCAGGUUCGUGUUUCCAAGGUGCAAAUAAAUGCCAAUAAUAGGGCUGCUGCUAUUCUUUCCCUUACCAAUAUCCUCGGAAUUGAUCUUCUUGUUAUAGGACACAGACGAAGUCUGUCCAAUGCCAUCUUACGGUGA